AUGCCAGUUUUCUAUAAGGUGGAUCCAUCGGAUGUCAGGCAUCAGAGUAAUAAUUAUGCCAAGGCAUUUAAGAAACACGAAAAACGUUUCAAGGAGAAAGUGAAGACUUGGAAGGCUGCUCUCACAGAAGCUUCCAAUAUAUCAGGGUGGGAUCAAUUAAAUAUUGCAGAUGGGCAUGAGGCGGAGCUUAUGAAGAAAAUUGUUGAUGAAGUGUUGAAAAUAGUGAAUCAGACAUGCUUGCAAGUUGCAGAACAUCCAAUUGGGUUAAACUCCUACAUUGAGCCCAUAAGUCAUCUGCUAAAUGAUGGUGGAUUGAAUGUUGUUCGCAUCGUAGGGAUAUAUGGCCCAGGUGGAAUAGGUAAGACAACUAUUGCAAAUGCCAUUUUUAACGACAUGUUUAGGAAUUUUGAAGGUAGCAGCUUUCUUGCUAAUGUUAGAGAGGUUUCAAGUGAAUAUAACGGAGUAGCUCUCUUACAAAAACAACUUCUCUCUUAUGUCUAAAAGAGAAAAGUCGAAGACAUACACAAUGAGGACCAAGGAAUCAUUAUUAUCAAAGAACGUCUGUAUUGUAAAAGAGUUCUUAUUGUUCUUGAUGAUGUGGAUAAAAUGGAACAAUUCUAUAAAUUGGUUGGAAGGCAUGGUUGGUUUUUUCCGGGAAGUCAAAUCAUCCUAGCAACUAGAGACAAGCAUUUGCUAGAUAAGCUAGAGGCAGAUAGAAUACAUAUGGUCGAGACAAUGAAUCAAUAUGAAUCUCUUCAACUUUUCAGUCGCCAUGUCUUUCAACAAAACCAUCCAUUGGAAGGCUAU